AUGAACACCACGAUAAUGUACGCCACGAGCGUCAUCGAUUACGCUCGAAAGGUGAGCCAGGACGACUCGAUGAUCCAGAACUGCGAGGCGGAUCUGCCGAUCGUCUCGUUGGUAAAUCAGAUCCUCUAUUCGAUCGUGUGUAUCGUCGGUCUGCUGGGUAACACCCUGGUGAUCUACGUGGUGCUGCGUUUCUCGAAGAUGCAAACGGUGACUAACAUGUACAUCGUGAAUCUCGCGAUAGCCGACGAAUGCUUUCUGAUCGGUAUACCGUUCCUGGUAACGACGAUGAGCCUGCGUAGCUGGAUAUUCGGCAAGUUUAUGUGCAAAGCGUACAUGACCACCACAAGUAUCAAUCAAUUCACCAGCAGUAUAUUUCUGUUCAUAAUGAGCGCUGAUCGUUACAUAGCCGUGUGCCAUCCGAUCUCGUCGCCGAAGAUACGAACGCCGUUCAUCUCGAAGAUCGUCUCGUUAACAGCUUGGGCGACCAGCGCCCUCUUCAUGAUCCCGAUAUUUCUGUACGCAAACGCGAUGGAGUCCGAGAAGGGGAUCAACUGCAACAUCUAUUGGCCAAGUAAUCGCGGUGGUCACACCACCUUCACUUUGUACACGUUCAUACUGGGCUUCGCCAUACCGUUGGUCCUGAUUCUGAUCUUCUAUUUCCUGGUGAUCAGAAAGCUCCAAACGGUCGGCCCGAAGAACAAGUCCAAGGAGAAGAAACGAUCCCAUCGCAAGGUGACCAAACUGGUGCUAACCGUGAUCACCGUGUACGUUCUCUGUUGGCUACCGUACUGGCUGACCCAGGUCGCUCUGAUUUAUACACCACCGAAACAAUGUCAAAGCAAGAUUACCAUCACCAGCUUCCUGUUGGCCGGUUUCCUCAGUUACAGCAACAGCGCGAUGAACCCGAUUCUGUACGCGUUUCUCAGCGACAACUUCAAGAAGAGCUUCCUGAAGGCGUGCACCUGCGCCGCCGGCAAAGACGUCAACGCCACCCUGCACAUCGAGAACAGCGUGUUCCCCCGACGGAACAAGGCGAACGCAGAGAAGCUUCACUCGAAUCGACUCGCGGUGUCUGGCCAGUCGAGGCUCGAGCUCGAGGACGAGGACGCCGAGAGGUGUCUGAUCAGCAAAACGUCCACGACCACGGUGACGAUGACCUCGCGAUCGAACAUCACCAUCGGGAACGAAUCGAGGGACCAAUCCCAGAGGGACAAAGACUCGAUAAAGAACGGGGCGCAGCUGACGCUGCUGACCCAGGUGUAA